AAGCUUUGCGCAUGCGCAUAGCCCACGUGGAAAAUGGCUGACUUCAAGCAAGAAGUUCACAAACCUGGUCCUCUUAAGCAAAAGAACAAGUUGCACAAACAUGGAAGACAUAAGAGCAAGGGAAGCAUUGAGAACCUCAGUAAAGGUCGUGUUGAUGUCAAGUCUUUUACUGGCCAAAAGUUAAAACAAUUGCGAAGAAUUGACCGGAAAAAUCAGUUGAAGCAAUUGAGAGACAAGAAACGUCAUGAAGUACAGAUGAGUAAAAGAUCACUGGGAACAGACAACACUCCACCUCAUUUAGUAGUUGUAUUAAGUACAAGUUUAAUUGUCGGUUGUCAAGAAGUCUUGUCUUUAUUGUCAGGUACUUGUAAAGCCGACCCACCUCCAACCCUUAUCUCUCAAACUACACUCGUAUUUCCGGUAACAAAGCAAAGAUUUACUUUUGUAUGUCCACCUCCUGAAGACUUAGAUGCCAUACUAAAUGUUGUUAAGAUUGCUGAUACAUUGCUAUUAGUAUAUGACACAACUGGUGAGACCUCACCUCUGGUUGAGCUAGCUCUUGACUGUGCUUUUGCCCAAGGACUCCCAUCCACUUUUCAUAUAGUCCAGGGUUUGGAUGCUGUUGCUAUCAAGAAGCAAGGUGAUACUAAGAAAAGGAUACAAGGCAUUAUAGAUAAGCGCUUUCCAAAGGAGAAAGUACAUCGACUUGACUCAGAACAGGAUGCAUGUAAUGUAUUGAGAUUCAUUGGGAGCCAAAAACAACGACCAGUUUUUGUACGUGAUGCAAGACCACACCUACUUGCCGACUCGUGGAGUUUUUCAGAAUCUACUGAGUGUUACGAUGAUCAUGAUGAUGCUACUGGUGUAUUGAGUGUGUCUGGCUACUUACGUGGGAAGGAUCUCUCAGUUAAUCAGUUGGUUCAUAUCACUGGAUUUGGUGAUUAUCAGUUGAUAAAAAUUGAGGCUCCCCCUGAUCCUUGUCCAUUGUCAAAGAAGCUAAAGACGGUGCCACACAAUGACAAUGCCAUGAUAACUGAUGAUGAUCAGUGUGUCUCUAUGGUUGAUGGUGGCAUUAAAGUACUAGCAGUGGCUGACCCAGCUAAGCAAGUAUCUUUAAUGUCAGAGGUUGUUCCUGACCCAAUGGAAGGAGAGCAGACAUGGCCUUUAGAAGAAGAACUGAAAGAAGCUCAGUUAAGAGCUCGGAGUAAAAGAAAGGAGAAGAGGAUGUUACCAAAAGGAACGUCCGAGUAUCAAGCUAGUUGGAUACUGGACGAAGGAGAGAGACAGGGGGAGGAGGAGGAGGAGGAGGGAGAGAGUGAAGAAGAGUAUUAUGAAGAUAGUGAAGAUGAUGACUGUGAUACUGGGAGCUUUGGACAUACCGAUAUGGACACUGAUGAUAAUGUUGAUCCUGAUCACUAUGAUGCUCUUUAUAAUAUGGAGGAUGACCGGAAGCAGUUAGAUAUUAUUCAAGCUGAGAGGAUGGACCAGUUGUUUCCUGAUGAAGUUGACACGCCUCGUGACGUCUCAGCUAGAGUCAGAUUUGCAAAGUAUAGAGGCUUGAGGAGUUUCCGUAACUCACCAUGGGACCCUAAAGAGAACCUUCCCCUUGAUUAUGCUAGGAUAUUCCAGUUCUCAAACUUUAAGAGUACAAAAAAGAAAGUCCUUUCUUCAAAGACCAAUGAUGAAGAUGGAAUAUCAUCUGGGAAUUAUCUUACACUCUACAUAGCCAAUGUACCGAGGAGGGUCGUUGAAUGUUUCCAAUUAAAGAGCAUCCCACUUGUUGUCCACGGCUUACUGCCCCAUGAAAAUAAGAUGUCUGUCAUUAAUUUUGUUUUGAAACGAACACCGAACUACACUAGCCCCAUUCGCUCUAAGGAUGAAUUGAUAUUUCACUGUGGUUUGAGAAGAUUUACAGCUUCCCCAAUAUAUUCGCAGCACACGCUAGCUGACAAGCACAAGAGUGAGAGAUUUUUUCGUAAGGAUUGUGUGUCUGUGGCAACAGUCUAUGCACCAAUAUCAUAUCCUCCGACUAAAGUAUUGGCAUUCAAGCAAUUGGAAGAUGGUUCUAGGGUGUUGGUAGCCACUGGUUCAGUUUAUAGUGUUAAUCCUGAUAGAAUUAUUUGUAAGAAGAUCAUACUCAGUGGUCACCCUUUUAAAAUAUUCAAGCGGUCGGCCGUCAUUAGAUACAUGUUCUACAACAGAGAUGACAUCAUGUGGUUUAAACCUGUUGAAUUGAAAACAAAGCUAGGACUCAGGGGACAUAUCAAGGAGCCAUUAGGUACUCAUGGUCACAUGAAGUGUGUCUUUGAUAAGCCGCUAAAGGCUCAUGACACGGUCCUAAUGUGUCUCUACAAGAGAGUGUUCCCUCGCUGGUCUUACUCUCCUGAGAUUGGACCACCUCCCAGCGGCUGGAGGCUUGACGAGAGCACAAGAGAAGAAGAAGAGGACGACGACGAAAUGUUAUUAUAAUUAAUUUAAACACUAAUAAUAAUAAUACUGAAUACAUGCAUAGAUCUAUACCUAAUACAUAUGCAGCUAUCAAUGUGCAUGAUUUCAUGUUAAAGGAUAGAUUGAUUUAUUUGCUUCACCAGAUGAGGUAUUGUCAUUUGUGAAUGGACAUACCUUGGAUUUA